AUGGUGUGGUGUAUCUCUGUGUUUCAGGGGCAGCCCAACACGCAGAGAGCGAACCGCAGCCCCAUCCUCCUGGCCAGUGAGGAAAGCACGGCGCUGACUUCAGGUAGUCCUGCUGAGCUGCUUCAAAGAACCUGCCACCAAGGGCGUGAAAGGAGCAAGCGAAGAAGGAGGAUGGCAGAAAUGGAGCUGACCAAGACGUGCCUGCUCAUGAAUGGCAGUUGCGUGGGAAGUCAGGAAAGCCAAGCUGACUGCACGUGGGUUCUUCCCAACUUGCCCAGUAAGUGCACCUGGACAGCUGCAACGCCGGCCACCAAGUCUCCACACUCCUGUAUGCCCUUGCCAGAAGAAACAAAGAUCUUGCCCAACAUCCUGAAGAAAAUUGGCUGCACCCCAAUGGUCCGAGUCAACAAGAUUGGGAAGUCCUAUGGGCUUAAGUGUGAGCUCUUGGCAAAAUGUGAGUACUUCAACGCAGGGGGCAGUGUGAAGGACCGCAUCAGCCUGCGGAUGGUGGAAGAUGCAGAGAGAGCUGGGAUUAUAAAACCAGGAGACACACUGAUUGAACCCACUUCAGGAAACACAGGGAUCGGGCUGGCACUGGUAGCUGCAGUGAAAGGUUACCGCUGCAUCAUUGUCUUGCCGGAGAAAAUGAGCAUGGAGAAGGUCGAUAUCCUGAAGGCGCUGGGUGUUGAAAUUGUGAGGACCCCGUGCACCCGCUUUGAUGCCCCGGAGUCUAACAUUCGUGUUGCCUGGAAGCUGAAAAGUGAAAUCCCAAACUCUCAUAUCCUGGACCAGUACCGAAAUCCAAGCAACCCUCUGGCUCAUUAUGACACCACAGCGGAGGAGAUCCUGGAGCAGUGCGAAGGCAAGGUCCACAUGGUGGUGAUUGGGUCUGGCACCGGAGGCACUGUCACUGGCGUCGCCAGGAAGCUGAAGGAGAAGUGCCCAGAGUGCAAGAUCAUUGGUGUAGAUCCCGAAGGCUCCAUCGUCGCUUUGCCCAGUGAGAUGAACAGGACAAACACCACAACUAUUGAAGUAGAGGGUAUUGGGCAUGACUUUAUCCCUACUGUCCUUGACAGAUCAGUGGUUGAUCAGUGGUAUAAAUGCAACGACAGAGACUCGUUCCUCAUGUCUCGCAGGCUGAUUAGAGAGGAGGGAUUAUUGUGCGGUGGCAGCUCGGGCAGUGCCAUGUCCGUCGCUGUGCGGGCUGCCAAGGACCUGAAGGAAGGCCAGCGCUGUGUUGUCAUCCUGCCCGAUUCCGUCAGGAACUACAUGUCCAAAUUUUUGAAUGAUAAGUGGAUGAUAAAACACGGUUUCCUAAAUGACGUCCAGGAGCACAAGCCUUGGUGGUGGAACAUCAAGGUGCAGAAACUGAAUCUCUCAGCCCCUCUCAUUCUUCUCCCAGAAGUCAGCUGUCAGAAGGCAAUUGAGAUCCUCCAGGAGAAGGGAUAUGACCAAGCUCCUGUUGUUGCUGAAUCAGGACUUAUUUUGGGAAUGGUGACCCUCAGCAACACCCUCACCUCAGUGCUGGCUGGAAACGCACAGUUCUCGGACCCUGUUACAAAGGUCAUCUACGACCAGUUCUCAAAGAUUGGCCUGGAGGACAGCCUCGGGAAGCUUUCCUGCAUCCUGGAGAACGACCAUUUUGCUAUCGUUGUACACGAGCAAAUGCAGUUCAAUGGAAAUGGCAGCUCCUUCAUGAAGCAGAUGGUGUUUGGUGUGGUCACAGCAAUGGACCUCCUCACCUUCGUCAGCAGGAGCGACAAGAAGUAGCGCAGUAGCUUGGCUGCACCCACCUUCGCUCCUCCGGCAGGGCCAGAGCUGCUCCCCCCGGCCCCAGCCGAGGGGCUCUGAUCCAGCUGAUAGUUUCUCAAAAAUGACUAGGUGAAAAUUGUAAUGUAAUAGCCACUUGUCCUCUAAAUGCCACCCAGAGUACCACUAAAGA